CCACACCCCAUACAUACACACAGACAGACACCAUGGCCUUUGAAAGCACCAUGGAGAUCACACGCGGCGGCGUGAAGACCAAGCAGGGCGCCCCGCAGCAGGAGACGCCUGUGCUUGACGAGUCGUCGGCUAUGACGUUCGCCAUCCCGGCACCCAUCGCGUCGGUGCGCGCCAACAUCGCGGCCUUCGAGGAGGACAGCAUUCGUAAGCUGCUCACGCGCUACGAGGGCUCCGACGUGCUGCCGAUUGGCUGGCGCGAGGGCCCGAGCAACAAGGGCAUCCAGGUCGUCUACGGUGAAGUGGACGGCAAGGGCAGCGAGUGGUACACCAUGAAGACGACGGGCAUGCUCCACGUGAGUGCUACCAAGGCCGCACAGAUUCUCAUGCGCAGCGACAUGGUGCCCAAGUUUGACGACAUGACAAAGGAAGUUAAAGUCAUGGAGAAACUCAGCGACGCCUCUGAGGUGCGUCGUGUGACCGCCAAGUCAGUUAUGUUCACGGCCGCUCGAGACUUCUCUGUCGUUACGUACCCGAACGCAAGGGUUACGUUCGUGCGACCAUUUUGA